AUGAAUGCUUCUGGAUUCCAAAUCCACAAAAUCCACAACACCCCUCGUCUCGUGAGUUCCAUAAUUCACCAUUCUCUCUUUUCCCACUCCUCUGCUUCUCUCACCCUAACUUUCCCAACCCUAGCCCCUUUUUACUCAUCCGAAAUUCCUCCAAUUCUCCGUAACGGUUUCUCGAUCCGCUUAUCCGUUAUCAGAAAUCAAUUCAGAUUUUCCGCUACUACAACACUAGAAGAUCAAGGAGAAGAUGCUCGUGACUCUCAUUUGAAGGCUCCGUCGCCGCCGUUCAAGGAGGCUCAAUCUGAAUCUGAAUCAGAAUCAGAACAACCGCUCACUGGCUCGUAG